UUUAUUUAAUUCCACAAAAAGCCACGGUGCUUUGGUUUUACAAGAAGGGAAUCAAUGGGAGCAGUAAAAAAAAUGACUGAAGUCCAGGCAAUCAUUACUGUGGCGCAGCGCCCCAGUGCGCAGAUUUUGAUGACUUAUUAAUUUGUUUAAAUUCCCAAAGCUCGUUAUUGAUUAGUCAUAAACUUGAUUGAAUGGGUGGUGUCUGCUGGUCCACAGCGGUGAAAUUAGACGAGAAUUUAGAGAGGGCGGGUUUAAGUAGACCCCAUGCCUGAAAUUCAUGUUUCGGAGGUUGUUGUUCUUCAGAGUCGUGCGUUGUCCCUUUAGCACCCGCAACCGGAGGAACUCAAGAGGAUUGUGCACGCGUCCGUACGUGGAGCGACACGAGUGGGCUUCACGUGAAGGUUUUAUCCAUAAAGUCCGGAAAGCUUAGAGAGGACAAUGGGUACAAAUCAGGCAGCCUCCCCCUGUUGUCUCCUUAAACAAUUGCGGGAUCAAUAACUGCAUUUUCGCCAGUAAAAUCAGUUUUCCUGUUUAUGACGGAGGACUUUUUAAAGAUCUAUCACAUCUAUUUGUUCAUGUCUCCGUCUUGUGGAUGGUCUGAUUUUUCUUAAACAAUUUUUGCUAUUGUGGGGAAAAUUCACUCCAAGAGGACUGAAAUCUUGGGGAAGAAAACUGCUGAGCUCCGCAAGGAAGUUGCCUGAGGCGUCCAGGGACAACAAGCGGUCCGUGGUGGAGGCUGGGUACGGCGCUUCACACCCUUCACUCACUACUGGAUGAAUCUGAUUUUCUGAGGCCUUACUGGAAAAUGUGACUUGUGGAUUAGAGACUCUACGCCCUCUCUAGGUUAAAUACAACCUUUUGCCACAUUUCUCCUCUGCCACUCUUUUUCAUCACACUUUCUCUUCUGGAAUAUGAUUCACUCAUGGGGCUUGGCUAGCUCCAUCCCUGGGGUCCAUCACUCCACACUUUUUGACCAGUAGGAAAGUUCUACUCUUUAAUAUUCCUAAAGACACUGCCUCAGUUUUGGAAUACCUAACAGGAAGCCUCUAAGAUCGCCUUUCCUUUCAGCUGUCUUAUUUGCUGAUCAUGGAAUCACUGUGGAUUUCUACUUCCUACCCACAGUCUCCCUCUGUCAUCUUCCUGCUUGUGGCUACUUCCUACACUUGGCUCCUUCCUGUCACUUCCCCCCAGCGAAUCCCCACAGAACCCCAGGUGGCACCAGAGUAUGCCCACUCCAUCCGACUGGAUGGGGACAUCAUCCUCGGUGGAUUAUUUCCUGUCCACUCCCGGGGGGACCGGGGCACGCCAUGUGGGGAGCUGAAAAAAGAGAAGGGCAUCCAUCGUUUGGAAGCCAUGAUGUUUGCUAUUGACCUGAUCAACAAGGACCCAGAGCUGCUGCCCAACAUCACGCUGGGGGCCCGGAUCUUGGAUACCUGCUCCAGGGACACAUAUGCUCUGGAGCAGUCCCUGACUUUUGUGCAGGCCUUGAUAGAGAGGGAUGGCUCCGAUGUCCGCUGUGCUAAUGGAGACCCUCCGAUCUUCACCAAGCCGGAUAAAAUUGUAGGGGUGAUUGGAGCCUCAGCCAGCUCAGUGUCCAUCAUGGUGGCCAACAUCCUGCGACUGUUUAAGAUCCCCCAGAUCAGCUACGCCUCCACAGCCCCAGAACUUAGCGACAACACUCGAUAUGACUUCUUCUCCCGUGUGGUACCACCAGACUCCUACCAGGCCCAGGCCAUGAUGGACAUUGUCACGGCAAUGGAGUGGAACUAUGUGUCUACCCUAGCCUCGGAGGGCAACUAUGGAGAGAGUGGUGUGGAGGCAUUCAUCCAGAUCUCAAGAGAAACUGGUGGUGUGUGUAUUGCCCAGUCUUUGAAGAUCCCUAGGGAGCCCAGACCAGGGGAGUUUGACAAGAUCAUCAGGCGCCUGCUGGAGACCUCCAAUGCCAGGGCCAUCAUCAUGUUCGCAAAUGAGGACGACAUACGACGAGUUCUGGAUGCAGCGAAAAGGAACAACCAGACUGGUCACUUCUUGUGGGUGGGUUCAGACAGCUGGGGAUCCAAGAUCUCUCCUGUGAUUGACCAAGAGAGAGUGGCUGAGGGAGCCAUCACCAUUCUUCCCAAACGAGCAUCUGUAGAUGCAUUUGACCGGUAUUUUCGUGGCCGAUCUCUGUCCAACAACAGAAGAAAUGUUUGGUUUGCUGAAUUCUGGGAGGAAAACUUCAACUGUAAGCUGGGGAUGCAUGGCAAACGACCUGGUAGUCUGAAGAAAUGCACAGGUUUAGAAAAAGUUGGUCGUGAUUCCAGCUAUGAACAAGAAGGGAAGGUUCAGUUUGUGAUGGAUGCAGUGUAUGCUAUGGCUCAUGCACUGCAUCGCAUGCACCGGGAGCUCUGCUAUGGAUACCCAGGCCUCUGCCCGCGCAUGGCCAAUAACAUUGAUGGCAAAGAGCUUCUUAGCCACAUUCGUGCUGUCAACUUCAAUGGUAGUGCUGGUACACCAGUGGUUUUCAAUGAGAAUGGAGAUGCUCCUGGAAGAUAUGAUAUCUUCCAGUACCAGAUCACCAACAGAUCUACUGCUGAGUACAGAGUCAUCGGCUCCUGGACCAAUAAACUACACCUCAAAAUGGAGGCCAUGCGUUGGAGGACAGGUGACCCAUCUCUCCCAGCCUCUAUAUGCAGCAUCCCGUGCCGCGCAGGUGAAAGGAAGAAAGUGGUGAAAGGUGUGCCAUGUUGCUGGCACUGCGAGCGUUGUGAGGGAUACCACUAUCAGGCUUCAGAGUUCACUUGUGAGCUGUGUCCUUAUGAGAUGCGACCUGACGCCAACCGUACUGGCUGUGUUCCCAUUUCAAUCAUCAAGCUGGACUGGCAUUCCCCCUGGGCCAUUGUGCCCGUCUUCAUCUCGAUGUUGGGGAUCAUCGCCACCUCUUUUGUCAUCGUCACGUUUGUCCGAUACAAUGACACACCCAUUGUACGAGCAUCAGGACGGGAAAUGAGCUAUGUGCUGCUGACGGGAAUCUUCCUGUGUUACGCCAUUACGUUCCUGAUGAUUGCAACGCCAGAUGUGGGGGUGUGCUCGUUCAGGAGGAUUUUCUUGGGCUUGGGGAUGUGUUUCAGCUAUGCUGCCCUGCUCACCAAGACCAACAGGAUACACCGCAUCUUUGAACAAGGGAAGAAGUCUGUAACAGCACCCAGGUUCAUCUCUCCUGCCUCCCAACUUGUCAUCACCUUCUCCCUCAUCUCGGUUCAGCUACUGGGUGUCUUUGUCUGGUUCGCGGUAGACCCUCCCCACACUGUUGUGGACUACGGCGAGCAGCGGACCCAGGACCCCAUGGCAGCACGCGGCGUCCUUAAGUGUGACAUCUCUGACCUGUCCCUUAUCUGCUCCCUGGGGUACUCCAUCCUGCUGAUGGUGACAUGCACAGUUUACGCCAUCAAGACACGAGGUGUGCCAGAAACCUUCAACGAGGCCAAGCCCAUUGGAUUUACCAUGUACACCACAUGCAUCAUCUGGCUGGCAUUUAUACCCAUCUUCUUUGGCACAUCACAGUCUGCAGAAAGGAUGUAUAUCCAAACCACUACACUGACCAUUUCCCUCAGCCUGUCUGCCUCUGUGUCCCUGGGAAUGCUCUACAUGCCCAAAGUCUACGUUAUCCUCUUCCACCCUGAGCAGAAUGUACCCAAACGAAAACGCAGCUUCAAGGCCAUUGUAACAGCUGCCACCAUGUCUGGAAAACUGACCCAGAAGGGAGGUGAUCGGCCCAACGGAGAGGUCAAGACUGAACUGUGUGAGAGCAUGGAGACCAACAGUGACUUCAUCNACUAAGACAACAUAUGUGAGCUACAGCAAUCAUGCCAUCUGAAGGGAGCACAGAAGAUGGAGACGGGGACUGAACGGGAGAGGGGGGCAUGUCUUGGGGCAGGGCCAAAUAAAAAAAGUAGCUGUCACUCAAAGUCAAUUGGCUGAAGAACUGGCGGACUGACAGAAGUGCCCAAUGGAAUCCAAGCAUGAGACAUUUUGUAUUGUUCUGCAUCAAACCACAAAGAGGUGGGACCACAUAAACAGCCAAUCAGUGUGCCUGCUUUCCCGCUGCUCACAGCUCAUUGGUCCUACCAUGAACUUACCUGUUUAAAGAAAAAAAAAAGAGACAACAUGAAAAAUGUGACAUACCAUACCAUAGGACACUGUGGUGGACAGAGUAACUAUUAAAAUCAACAAAAAAGGAAAGAAAAUUAAAAAUGAAAAUGUAAAAAAAUAAACUCUCCAGAAACCUUGUACACGUUAUAUAUGAAAGGGCAACUUUAGGGCUGGGAAAGAGAUUUAACAGAUUACAUUUUAAAAGUUAUUUAAAAAGAGAAAUGGCAGAGAAAAUCUAUGACAUGUUUGUUGUUAUUCUCUACUUGUAAGUAUUUUUGUGGUUGUGAUGAUUUUUUUCAUUCUUGUCUCACUGUUGUCUGAUGGAUCGCCCUUGCAUAAUGAGAUGAGUGUGUUUUCCUCCUGCUGUCUUGGCUAAAUGGGUUGUAGCCUUGGGUCGUGAACCUGUAAAAUGCCAUGGUUGAAGCAUGCCAGUUUUUAUACAAAAAGGAGAUUUAUUUAUAA